CAGAAGCUGUACUGAAAGGAAUUUAAACUCGUGAUAGUCAUGAGAGAACAGAUCAAAGAAGAAAAAAACAGACCAAGUCAAGGAAAAGCAAGCUGUACAUGCCUUUCAGUUAACAGACAGAAGACAGGUCUGAAGGAGGUUUGAGCAGGCCCAAGCUCACAAAAUGCCCAGAAGAAACCACCAUCUAGAUGGCAACUUUUUCAGAGGGAAAGGACACAGCUAUCUUGCAGCAGAAGAAGCUCUGGGUAUUGGACUUUUCAUUUUGGUGCUGGCAAUUUUACUUAUCUUUGGCUGCUGGUAUUACAAAAGACGUAGUGGCUAUAAAAGUCUGCGGAGCAAAAGCUCUAGUGUGGGCACAAUACAAACCGUGGUAGGUGAGGGAAAAAUACUGGACUGCAAAAUGGCUCUGCAGGAGUACAGAAACUUUAAUUCUGUGGUACCUGAUGCUCCACCAGCUUAUGACAAAAUUGCUGCAGAUCAGUCACCACCACCUUAUUCACCAUGAUAUCAUGAAAUCUUACACUCUAAAGAUACCGAUUCAAUUUCUUCAUGCUCUCUCUUAAUUUCCUGUACAUGCUUAACUUUCUUAAAGCUAAAAUAAUUAAAAAAAAAAAAAAAUCACAUGCUUUCCUUAGCACUUGCUGAAAAUUAUUCCUGCUUAGUUUACAGAAGUGGUUCUUGAAAUGCCUCAAUAAAUCUGAAUAUGCUUUUGUUUUAAGUUUUUAAUUUCCUGUGGUCAGAUUAAUACACUAUACUCAAGUCCGGGCAUCUUGCAUCCUUCAUAGAUCUACCAAAAGUAAGUACAUACCAUUGAGUAUCAACCAGAGUAGAAAGUGUUGGCACCUUUGUUUUAAUCUUCCCCACUUACUUUCAAUUUCUUUAAAAAAGAAAUAAAUAAACUAUUCCGUAGAAUGUAAUGUACAAGAAUCUGUCAUAAAAUGGACAAAACCAUUUGACUACAUGUCCUGUUACAAAAACUAACCAUUUUCCCUCCCAAGAUUUCUACCAGCAGUUCUAAAAUUAACCUGCAAAAAGUGACUAUGUUUUACAAUAGGCUUUUACCUCACAUCACUUGUUUAUGUACCUGUAAUGAAAUAAUUCCUCAUAAAACACGAUCCAGGCAACCUAGGAAUUUCUGCUUAGUGUCCAUAUUAUUUCAUACUGGUCAACAGGUAUAAUGAUGAUCACCUUUCAUUUCCCUCUGCCAGUCUUGUGGGAAAGCAGAAGAACUUGGUAGGUACAGAGCUUUACGUGUCAACUGUUUCUCACAUGAUGAAACAAUAUGAGACAAUGUGUGAAGCCCACGUUCCUUGGAGAACACAGAAGACAGCAGACUCCAAUAUGUUAAUUUUUCCAGGUUGCCAGAACACUAGCAGUAAUAGAAAACACAGAAUUGUGGUACACAUAAAUUAGGCUACAUACAUUUGGCAGUUAUUGUUUGCUUAGCCUUUUUUGUUAUUGUUUACUUGCCAGAUUAUUACUUGAGAUUAUAUGCAGAUCAACAAAUUUAUACACAAGGCCUGAUAUCUCAUAGCAGGAGGUAGCUAAAACUGUACAACUUUCAUUAAAAUGAAAAGUAGUUACAGAAGAAAACUAUUUUCAUAAACCAAUUAUUAACUGCUACUAGUAAAGAAUCCAUUUCUUUGUCAUUAAAUAUACAAACAUAAACACCUAAAAACAAAAAAUGUUUUAAAUAUGAGGUAGAUUUACUUGUCUAACACAAACUCCAUAUACGGUGAUAAAUAAUAAGACAU